GGAGUAUCUUCCAAUGGGAGGAAGCAAUAAGAUGAUUGAAGAGUCAUUGAAGCUAGCAUAUGGGGAGGAUUCUGAGUUCAUAAAAGACAGAAGGAUUGCAGCAGUUCAAUCUCUUUCAGGGACUGGUGCAUGUCGGCUUUUUGCAGAUUUCCAGAAGCGGUUCUUGCCCGAUUCUCAAAUUUAUAUACCCGUACCUACAUGGGCCAACCAUCAUAAUAUUUGGAGAGAUGCUCGGGUUCCACAGCAGACAUUUCAUUAUUACCAUCCUGAUACAAGGGGACUUGAUUUUGCUUCAUUGAUGGAAGAUAUUAAGAAAGCUCCAAAUGGAUCAUUCUUCUUGCUUCAUGCAUGUGCACACAAUCCAACUGGGGUGGAUCCUUCUGAGGAACAGUGGAGGGAGAUAUCUCAUCUGUUUAAGGUUAAGAAUCAUUUCCCAUUCUUUGACAUGGCAUACCAAGGUUUUGCCAGUGGUGAUCCAGAGAGAGAUGCAAAGGCAAUUAGAAUUUUUCUCGAGGAUGGGCACUUGAUUGGCUGUGCCCAGUCAUAUGCGAAAAAUAUGGGUCUUUAUGGACAACGAGUUGGAUGCCUCAGUAUUCUCUGUGAAGAUGAAAUGCAAGCAGUAGCUGUGAAGAGUCAGUUGCAACAGAUUGCUAGGCCUAUGUAUAGCAACCCUCCUGUUCAUGGUGCACUCAUUGUUUCGAUAAUACUCAGUGAUCCAGACCUUAAAAGCUUGUGGCUGAAGGAAGUGAAGGUUAUGGCUGAUCGUAUCAUUGGAAUGCGAAAGGCACUUAGGGAAAACCUUGAGAAGUUGGGUUCUCCACUAUCUUGGGAACAUGUAACUAAUCAGAUCGGCAUGUUUUGCUACAGCGGAAUGACCCCUGAGCAGGUUGAUCGCUUGACAAAUGAGUUCCAUAUCUACAUGACGCGCAAUGGCAGAAUCAGUAUGGCGGGUGUGACUACGGGCAAUGUUACAUACUUGGCUAAUGCCAUCCAUGAGGUCACUAAAUCUGCAUGAGGAAUCACUACUCAGACAAAGAAAACUUAGGCUUAUACUACAUUUCAUGAUGCUUUUUCUGGACUUUCUCUGAUCCUUAUUAUAGAAAUAAGUUAUCAACAGGUUGAGGUCAAUAUGUUGAGGCUUGUGCAAUUCAGCUUCCUUGCAUGUUGGACAGAGAAAAUAAAUGCCCUCACGCAAUCCAAUUUUGAACAUCAGAAUUGCUUGUACAUUUUUUUUUUUCCUUGGGUCAUAAUCAUACUGGUGUAACAUCAAUGCUAAGUUCAGAUGCAUCUGAAACUAAAUUACAGCCAACAUACCGCAACUGUUAUAGGAAGCAUAUAAAUAAAUUAAAUCUUGGAGUAAUUUACCAAUGUUUUGUCAUAAACAUUCUUUUCAA